CCCCUCUCGCCUUCUCCUUAUAACGCCUCAGGGCGAGGAUCCCCCACCUCUCAGCUCUCACCAGUCACCCCCCUUCUCUUUCUGGACUCUAGAAGUCUAGAGCUUGUGCUCUUAUCCUCCCUCUCUCCUAGCAGUAGCCACUCUUUCUAUGUAAAUUGCCUCUUCCCUCUUGUUUUCUUUAUUUUAUAAAUUUUUUUAUUCAGACGAAUUCGUCUUCCAGACUUAGGGUUAGAAUUUCUAACGAGAGGAUCCAUCGAUCUUUCAUACUCCAUGUCUUCUUCAAGGAAGGAUGUGGAUCGGAUCAAAGGGCCAUGGAGUCCAGAAGAAGAUGAAGCGUUGCAGAAACUUGUUCAGAAGCAUGGACCUAGAAAUUGGUCUCUUAUAAGCAAAUCCAUCCCUGGUAGAUCCGGAAAGUCUUGCCGUCUCCGAUGGUGUAACCAGCUGUCUCCUCAGGUGGAGCAUAGGGCCUUUACACCGGAAGAAGACGAGACGAUCAUCAAAGCGCAUGCCAAGUUUGGAAACAAAUGGGCCACGAUCGCUCGUCUACUUUCUGGUCGCACCGACAACGCGAUUAAGAACCACUGGAAUUCUACUCUCAAGCGCAAAUGCUCAUCCGUGACUGAAGAUAGCGGUGUAGAUGGACAUGCAAGUCAGCCGUUAAAGAGAUCGGUGAGCGCUGGCGCAGCGAUUCCACCCGUCUCUGCUCUCUAUCUUAGCAGCCCUAGCAGUCCUUCUGGAUCCGACGUAAGUGAUUCUAGCCUUCCGGUGAUGUCAUCUUCUCACGUCUAUCGACCUGUGGCGAGGACAGGCGGUAUCCUACCUCCUCAGCAGCCGCCGCAACCACAGCUGGAAACAUCGUCUUCCACCAACGAUCCUCCAACUUGUCUGAGUCUUUCCCUCCCCGGAGCCGACUCGUGUGAGGUUUCGAAUCAUGUCUCCGGAUCCAACCAUGCGCCAAACCCUCCAAACACUAGCCAUCUAGUAUCGCCACUAUCUCUUCCACCGCCGGCGGCCGUACUAUUGCAACAGGUGUCCCCGGCGCCUCACCAUACGCAGUUCAACGAGUUCGCGUCACCUGCGGGCCCGGUUGAGAAGCCGUUCAUGCCGUUUAGUACAGAGUUUCUAUCAGUGAUGCAUGAGAUGAUCAAGAAGGAAGUUAGGAACUACAUGUCAGGGCUUGAGCAGAAAGGCCUAUGUUUGCAGGCUGACGGGAUUAGAAAUGCUGCAGUGAAGCGUAUCGGCAUCAGCAAGAUCGAGUAGUAGAGAGAUGGAGAUAUCGAAAGGAGUAGAUGAAAGAAGACCUUGAAAAUAGAAGAGAGGGAGGGCGAGUAAGGGAGAGAAUGAGAAAAAAAACUAUCUUGUUUUUUUCUUUCUCUUCUCGUUUUUUAUACAAAUAAUUUUGGUAAUGUACAGAAAACAGAGAUGGAGUAAGUUCCGGAGGUCGAUGAUUGUGAAUUAGAAAGGAAACACGAAUCGAGAAGGAAGCGACGAUCGCCGGAUCGGUGUUAGAAGACUCAUGAAGGGGGGAAAAAUGAAUUUCUUUUUUCAACAGACAGCAAAAAAUGAACUUUCUCUUUCUCUGGCCUCGUUCAUUAGAUUUAGAAAGUUUAAAAGAAGCAAGAAAUUUUCAAUCCAAUCCAAGUUUUAUUCGUUUUUUUUUAUUUA